AUGUCGGGGGCUACCGGGGACUUAACUUGUGAGGAUUGUUUUUCCGCACAAGGGGACAACAACACAGAGUUAGAUGCGCUCUCCACCGUGGAUGAUGAUGAACUUCUCCAUUACAUCUGGACUGAAUAUUUGCACCCCAAGCAUUAUGAGUGGGUUCUCAUUGUGGCUUACAUCUUUGUGUUCUUCGUGUCACUCAUCGGCAAUUCACUCGUUUGUUUUGCAGUCUGGAAAAACCGCAACAUGCGGACUGUGACCAAUUAUUUCAUAGUGAACCUCUCCUUCGCUGAUGUCUUGGUCACCAUCAUCUGCCUGCCUGCAAGUCUAGUGGUGGACAUCACAGAGACGUGGUUUUUUGGAGAGAUGCUCUGCAAAGUUGUGCCCUACCUGCAGACUAUCUCCGUCUCCGUGUCAGUGCUCACUCUGAGCUGCAUUGCUCAAGACCGGUGGUACGCCAUCUGCCACCCGCUGAUGUUCAAAAGCACCGCCAAGAGGGCUUGCAAGAGCAUUGUCAUCAUCUGGGUAGUGUCGUGCAUCAUCAUGAUCCCGCAAGCCAUCGUGAUGGAAAGCACCAGUCUGCUGCCGGCCCUCACCAACAAGACCAGUUUGUUCACUGUGUGUGAUGAACACUGGCAAGAUGAGAUCUACGCCAAAGUAUAUCACAGCUGUUUCUUCAUUGUCACAUACUUUGCACCUUUAUGUCUCAUGGUGCUGGCCUACAUACAGAUCUGUCACAAGCUGUGGUGUCAACAGAUUCCUGGCAGCACGUCAGUGUUGCAGAGGAAGUGGAAGACCAUGCAAUGCUCGGCGUCGGCUGCCGGGCCGGGAGAGCCCGUGCGAGUCAAGACCAGCACUGUGUGCGCCGAAAUCAAACAGAUCCGAGCCAGGCGCAAGACUGCUCGCAUGCUGAUUGUGGUGCUCCUUGUGUUUGCUGUGUGCUACCUGCCGAUCAGCGUACUCAAUGUGAUGAAAAGAGUCUUUGGGACCUUCAGAAACACAACUGACCGAGAGACAGUGUACGCUUGGUUUACAUUCUCACACUGGCUCAUAUAUGCAAACAGUGCACUCAACCCCAUCAUCUACAAUUUCCUCAGCGGGAAGUUCCGUGGGGAGUUCAAAGCAGCCUUUUCUUGCCGUUGUCACGGUCAAGGCCAGGAGAGACCGAAGAGAAUGAGCACACGAAUGAGCACGGACAGCCGAAAGUCGCUGUCCACUCACGUUAACAACAUGGACAACGUGUCACACAUAUCAGAUCAAAUAGUGCAAGAUCAUCAGCAGAUUGAGAUUUUAAAUGCAUAA